UGUAAGCAUGGAGAUUGAAAAUCUUCCAAACGAGCUACUGGAGCAGAUCUUCCAUUAUCUGCCGGUGGAGGAUUUGGAAAACGCAGCCUUAGUUUGUCACGCCUGGAAGGACAUCAUACUCACGGUCAUAAUUCCGAAAUAUGUGACGAUUCACCUCAAACCAGUGCAUCCGGUUACUCAUCAACUGAUUGAGAUGCCUUCCCUUCUAUCUUCCCAAGUGAUGAAUCCCUUCCCCAAAUCCCAUUACAAAAUCACCAUACCCAAUGAAGAAUUGACUGAAGAUCCAGAGUUUAUCGAUUUUUUCAAGCAAUGUGGCACAAAUUUGAAGUCUCUUCAUCUGCAAGUUGUACAGUUGUCUGAAUCGAUUCUGAAAACAUUUCCCUAUCUCCACACUCUAGAGGAACUUUGCUUGACGACUGAAUCGGAUGAACUCUACGGUCCCAAGCCAAAGAAUCCUGAACUGUACCUUUCGACCUUCAAGAACCUCAAAUCUCUCAAACUCUACCUGCCCAACUAUUUCAUCCUGCUCAAUGCUUCCCUUCUAUGCUCAGCUCCCCUCACAGUCCUCUCCUUAGAACGUUUCGAGGUAGAACUUCGCCACCUCAAACCCAUACUCCAGCAACACUCAUCCACGCUCCGCGAGGUCACGGUCAAGGUGGAAGAAAUGAAACCCACUCUGCAGUACCUGAACUCUUUAUCGGACCUGAAACUGCGCAAACUCAACAUCAAGAGCGGCGGCAAUGAAGACGACUACACCGAUACUCUCAUCCAGCUGUUCGAUCAACAGCCUCAACUCCGCGUUCUCCGAAUCGGUUCCGAGUUGUCCCUUCGCGCAGUUUCCCAGAUUCCCAAGAUGCUUUUGGAGUUGGAGGAGCUGGAGCUAAUCGCCGAAAGCAUCCACGAUUGCAAGGCUUUCGCCGAGUUGAGAAACCUUCGCAAGCUGACCAUGUCGCUGUACGACGUCCGGGCCUGGGACGAGUCGGCCUCGAUCGAGAGUGUAAUUGACUUCGCGCUGUCCGUAACGUUUCCGCUGAUCUCUCCAGCGAUUUUCUGCUCCUUUCCAAAUGCCAGGCGUUUCUACCUGGAAGACGUCGAUGACGAUUCGCUAAUGCGGGAUAUUAUCGUAGUGCAGACGUUGAUGGAGCGAGUUCAGCGCGUGGAGAGCUUGGAUUUGGAGAACUAUGUUCUCAAGGAACGUGAAAUUUUGAACGAAAAAGUAAAACGCUUCGACUCCUUUGAAGGCCUACGACUACUUAAGUUCUGCUGUCGAGACAUGUCGGACGCUUCAUUGAUGACGAUGGCUCUGCCGGAGCUGAGGGAACUUCACCUCACCCACUGUCCGGGGGUGUCCUUCAAGGGGAUCUCGUUUCUGGUGCGAAGCUGUCCGCUGAUAGACACUCUGCACAUUGAGUACAAUAAGGCCGGUUUCAACGACGACUGCAUGGACAUUAUAACGAGGAAAUUGACGCGACUGCGGCGUUUAUACUUGGUGAAUUUGAAGGGACUGACUAAUGAGAGUAUUGAGCUGAUUCUUACCAACUGUCAGAGAUUGAGGGAAUUAACAUUCUCCUACUGCCCGGGGAUAACAAUGGAGAAAGCCGAGGUGAUUGAAAAACUGAGCACGCUGAAAACAAUGCGCAACUUGAUAUAUAGUUGAACGGUUUAUGCGGGGAAAGGUAAUUCGUUGACUUGCCUAAAAU